AUUAGGUUAGGGACAAAAUAUUUAAACCAAACAUGUCCGCCAUUUGAGGACGGGGGCAACUCGACCUCUCCCUGUUUGCAUCCGCUGUCGCUUCUCUCAAUGGCUUAUGACAAUGCAGUGCCUAAGCGAUUGUUUGUUUGAUGAUGAACUUAAAAAGAAUAUUUGUCUGGGACGAAAGCCCGCUCAGCCGCGAUGGUGUUCUCUGGACGGUGUAGUGUAACUUAGAUAUUUUUUUCCUUGUUAAUCAUGGACACUGAUUUUGUGGAAGAGAUUGUGUCCAUCCAUUCUGAUAGUCAAACAAUUGAUUUUGGUAGUGAGGAAACCAUUUUAUAUUCAAAUGGUACUGAUCAGCCUAAAACCAACCCUGAAUAUUUCAACGAAGAUGACAUUGGAACUAUGUCAUCUGACAGUUGUAUAGUACAAUCUAUUGUUGAGUCUUCAUAUUUCACUCCUAGUGAUAAUCGUAAAAGCGAGCUCAAUAAUAUGACUAAAGCAGUUAUGAAUUCUGUACCAUAUGCUGAUGGAUUACAAUACUUGGCUGCCAUAUCUUCUUUCAGUGAUAAUUUUAAGGAAUCUAGUCAAGGAGAGCAUUUAAAAGAACAAAUGGAUACUAGUAAUUUAUUUGAGUCCAGCGACGAAGAAGUUCAACAAAUAAGUCAAGAAGAAUUUCAAGAAUAUUUUGAUGUUCAAGAAGAGGUUGUUGUCCAAGAAUGUCCGGAACAAGAAAUCAUCACUCAAAGUUGGGAUGUCAAUCGUUCAACUAAUUUUCACAAUAUAAUAAAUGCUAAUGUUGAGUGUACAUCUUCGAAUGAAGAUGUUGAAAUACCAAUACCAGAAGGAGAAGAAGCAUCAUCAUCCGUUAAUCCAUUUCCAUGUGAUUUUUGUAGUCGACGAUUUAAUAGAAAAUCUCAUCUAAUGAAUCAUAUGGUAACUCAUCAGUCAGAACGUCCGUUUUGUUGUGCAUUGUGUGGGGUUCGUUAUCGCCGCAAGUGUGAUUUAGCCAACCAUAUGAAAAUUCAUAUUGACCCAGGCAAUAUGUCUGACAGUGGUAAUACUGAAAACCAAGGUGCAUCGGUUACGAAAGUAAUGAAUAAACUAAUGUUUAUGGAUCCAGUUCACCGACGCAGUGUGACAUCUGAAGAAGAAUCUGGCGAUAAAGGAGAUAUUCUUGAACAAUGUGCCAAAAAUCGCGGUCGUGGUCGUGGGAGAGGCCGAGGUAGAGGAAGAGGUCGGCCAAUAAAAGACCGCUUGCUUACACUCGGCUGGAAUUCAGAAUUAUAUUCCAAACCACAUACUUGUAAUCCUUGUGGAAUUUCGUUUACCCGUGAAAAGGCACUUCUUAAUCAUGCACGACUUCAUCACAUUGAUGAUGGUGUGAAUAUUAUUACCACACAAAAAUCAAAUUCAGAUACUUAUGAGCUCACAAUUCUGUCUAAUAAUAAAAACAGCGAUGUUAAUUAUCCAUGUGAUUCGUGUGGGGCUAGUUUUGAAAGAUUUGAUUUUUUAAAACGACAUCAAAGGCAGCAUAUGAAAAAAGAGGUUGGGAAUAUCGAAGAAGAAGUAUACGAAGAAGCUCAUAUGUGUAUACACUGUGGAAUGUUUUUCAAGUCUAUGAUGGAGCUAGAAACGCAUACAGAACAACAUUUGAUUCCAACAAAUAUUCCAGAAAAGUCAAAAUGCUUAGCGUGUGGUGAAACAUUUGAUAGCACAGAUGAACUGUCAGAUCAUGUUUCUCAAAUGCACACUGGUACAUUACCGAACAAUUCUUGUCAAUUGUGUGGAAAGCAAUGCAAAGAUGACAAAGCUCUUCAAAAACAUUUGAUGAUUCAUGAUACCUCAGACAAUAAAUGUAUUAUGUGUGGAAAACGUUUUCAUUCUCGAGCACGUCUCAAGCGACACAUGAUAACUCAUCGAGAAAAAGGAGUUGUAUGUGAUAUAUGUGGAGAAGAAGUAGCUGAUAAGAGAGCACUAAUAAAUCACAAAGCCAGUCAUGCAAAUACCGUUAGUGUUACGCGAACUUCAAUGACAGAAAAAGUAUUCCCUUGCACGAGCUGUGGUAAAGUCUUUGGUUCAAGAUCUUCACAGCAGAUACAUAUUAGAAUUCACACGGGAGAACGACCUUACGGUUGCAGAUACUGUAAUAAAGCGUUUGCCGAUGGUGGAACACUUCGAAAACAUGAAAGAAUACAUACUGGUGAAAAACCUUAUGUUUGUCCCGUCUGUCCAAAAGCGUUCAAUCAAAGAGUGGUUUUGAGAGAACAUAUACGAGCACAUCACGCGGGUACUGAAGCUCGAGGUGGUCAAGUCAACUUCUACGAGUGUAAAGUAUGCGGUUAUUUAUUUAGGUCAUCAAUGGAACUUUGCUCUCAUUUAGUACAACAUAGUGACGAAAACACUGCUAAAUCAAGAGUGGUGCCGGUUGGUCCACGUAAGUAUAAGCGCCGUAGCAAGUUGGGGAAUCGAAAAGAUACGUGGUGUUUGGUGGAGAAAGUUUUUACAGUCAUGUCGGGGCAGUCAGAUACAGAAAGUUGUGAGGACGAACCGAUGCCUACACAAGAAGACCAAGCCGUGCAGUCGAUAUUAGAAGACGAUAUGUCUUAUAGACAAGAACAUAUCACUAGUCCUAGUAAAUCCCCUGUUAAAACGUACAAAAUUGUUAAUGGUAAAUUGGUGAAAAACGAUCAAAAACCUUCCAAGUCGACGUCUUAUGCGACUAAAUUUGUUGUCAACAAGCCAGAAGCUUCACCAAAAAAGCAAACUUUUGUACUCAAAGAUGGUGAGUGCACUAGGACGUGCGCAACAGUUCUUUAUUAUUCUUCAAGAUCUGAUCCUGCAGCGGCUGAUUCGUCGUUGGGUGAAGAAUCUAAAGAAAACGAUAAUCCUGAUGAUCCCGAAGAUCAGAUAUCUGUGGAAGACAUGGAUUUAACUAACGUUAAAAUGGAGCCACUCGAUGAGCAGUCCGAUUUUGAAACUCAAGAUUACGAUAAUGUGUGUAGUAUCGAGUAUGCCGACCAAGGUCAGGUGGAGUAUUACAUACAGCAGGAUAAUGCCGAAUUCGAUUGCCAAAAUGUUAAACUAGAACCAAUGACAAAUGAUUGCUUGAUCGAGACUGAACUAGUUUUUGAAACCGAUUACGUGGAGGAAGUUGGUGCUAAUAUUGAACUAAGCACUGAUGAUCAAGUAAUAGAUUCAGAUACGGAACUUCCACCUCCAGUAUCUAUUUCUGUAUCGGAAUCUAUUAUUUGUGAUAUUUGUGACGAGGUAUUUGAGGACAGAAAAGAACUCAUGAAACACAUUCAAUCAAUGCACAUUGGAUAGACAACACUUAUAAUUAUGUAAUUUCAUAUCUUGAAAAGUAGACAUUUUUAUUACACAAUAAUUGUGGUUUUAUGGUAUGUGAACAAACUAGAACUGAUAAUAGGUCUAAUGUAAUGUACAAUUUUCUUUUUGCCAUUUCAAUGUAAUCAACUUAAUGUGAUUAAAUGGACUGCUGAUGUUACCAUUUAAAUUUAAAAAAGAAAGUAAGUUUUGCAUAAAUAUUAUGCAGUUGUUUCCUUGAAUGACUUUCUAAAUGUUAUUUAAGUAUACAUUUUAAGGUAUUAUGCUUAAAAAAACGCAAAAUUGUGGCAUGUAAUAAAUAACAUAAUGUGAUAAAUUGUUCUCAAUUUAAUUCCAAUCUAAAAACUAACUGUAUUUAUCUUUAUUUAUAAAAUAAUGAUUUUUUGUUGUAGGAAUGGGCAUAUCUAUGAUUUUUCUAAAUUAUUAUAAGAAAUAUAAUUUUAAAUGCCAGCUUUUUCGGUUUAUAUAUAGUAAUUGGUUUGUAUUCAGUAACAAUUUUUCCCAUCAAUGCAUAUAAAUCUAUUAUUUAAACAGUUAAAUUCAUUAGGUACAAUAACUAUUAUAAAUUAUAGUAACCGGGUAAAAAUUAAAAGAUAAUACAGAAUGGUCUUUAGUAAAAACCAUAGAGUUGAUUGCUAUACAAAUAAAUUAAGUUUUAUGUUUCUUUUUUUUUACUUAUAUCUAUCUGUAAUUUAUAUAAUAUUAUGUAUUACCAAUUAAAAACAUACACAUUAAAUCCUCUGAUAUGUUAAAAUGUUUUGUUUUUGAAACUUCAAAGAGAAAAAAGUG